CGCCUCCUGUGGCUGCACCUCACUGCUGUCGACCUUUCAGACCGAGCACAUGAACGCACGAAGCUCCUUUCACGCGUCUCCUCGCUAUGAACCAGGCGGAGGCUCGGCGCACUGAAGCGGCUCGGCCUCUGCUCUGAGCCCGGGCAGCAGAACCAGGCUGGUCCCUGACACCAGCGGGGAUUUCUGUUGUUUUUCUUCUCCUGUCUUUUUAGAACUCAACUUGGCAGAGAAGUCGCUCGCUGCUGUUGUCGCCCCCGCUGCCCUGCCGGGAGGAGGCUCGUCCGCGGACACAAAGUGGGGGACAAGUGUGAGAAAGCCGGAGAGCAACAGAUGUUUCUUGGUGGAUAUGCGGCCGGCUGAGGAAUGAGAGCUGCUGCGAGGAACCGGCGGCCCUUCCAGCGGUUCUGCUGCUGUGGAGUCGGGCUUCUCGCCGUCGUUUGGCUCGCUCAGGUCAUCCAGGCACCAGAAACCGAAUCUUCUGCUCUUCGGCCAGACGUGAACGGGGGGACGCCGCGAUGGACGCGCAGGCUGCUACAGGAGAAGUCAGACAACCAGACCCUGGAUCAGCCCCGAGCAGCCAUCCACGAGUUUCCAGAGGACAUAUUUACCAAGGAGCAGCGGAGGAAAGGGGCUGUGUUGCUUCAUACGCUCUGUGCCAUUUACAUGUUCUACGCUCUGGCCAUCGUGUGUGAAGACUACUUUGUCCCUUCCCUUGAGAAAAUAUCUGAGAACCUACAGCUCAGCGAGGAUGUGGCCGGGGCGACAUUCAUGGCGGCAGGAAGCUCUGCUCCAGAGCUUUUCACCUCUCUCAUUGGUGUUUUCAUCACUAAAGGAGACGUCGGCGUCGGCACCAUCGUGGGCUCGGCCGUCUUCAACAUCCUGGUCAUCAUUGGCCUGAGUGGGAUCUUUGCAGGCCAGACAGUGGUCUUGACAUGGUGGUCUCUGUUUAGAGAUUCCUCCUACUACAUCCUCUCUGUACUGGCCCUCAUUGGGGUUAUCUAUGAUGCCAGAGUCGUCUGGUGGGAAUCCCUGCUCCUCAUGACCAUGUAUGGAAUCUACAUUAUAAUCAUGAAGUUCAACUCCCAGCUUCGGGCGUUGGUGACGCGUCAGUUGAGCAACGCCGAGCCGUGCUGCCUCAGAUCAGACGACCACAGAGAGGACAAGAUGGGAGAGGACGCCUCCGCAUGCAACACGUCCAUGGUGCUGCUCAACAAAGGACAAUCUCACGGUCAGGAGCCCCAUCAAGUCGUCAUGGUGGAUGAGCUUCUGAUCCUUAACCCCCACAAACUGUCCUUCUCCGAGGCCGGCCUGCGCAUCAUGAUCACCCCCCACUUCUCCCCCCGCACCAGGCUCUCCAUGGCAGGACGCGUGGUCAUCAGUGAGAGACAGAGGCUGAUCCGGACUUCGAAAAACCAGCGAGACAGCGAGGCGAGCGCCGGGUCGAGAGGCGGGUCCACCAACAACAGCCUGAAGAGGACGGGCUCCUGCGCCGUGGAGAACGGAGGAGGGAGGCCGGGGAUAGUGGAAGCAGAGGUGGGAGACAAGCCGGGGGUCGAGGUGUGUCAGCAAGAGGAGGAGGAAGAGGAUGAUUAUGGGAUUUUCAGUCCUGUGCGGAUACCAGGUGGCUGCGGUGCGAGGGUGAAGUGGGUGAUCACGUGGCCUCUGGGCCUCCUGCUCUUCUGCACCGUGCCUAACUGUAUUCAGCCACGCUGGCACCGCUGGUUCAUGGUCACCUUCGUGGCCUCCACCCUGUGGAUCGCCAUCUUCUCCUACUUCAUGGUGUGGAUGGUCACCAUCAUCAGCUACACACUAGACAUCCCAGACUACAUCAUGGGAAUAACCUUCCUGGCAGCAGGAACCAGUGUGCCGGACUGCAUGGCGAGUCUGAUUGUAGCCCGACAAGGCAUGGGCGACAUGGCGGUGUCUAACUCCAUAGGCAGCAAUAUCUUUGACAUCCUCCUGGGUCUGGGUUUCCCCUGGGCUCUGCGCACCCUGGUGGUGGAAAAUGGAUCAUCGGUCUACAUAAAUAAUAAAGGACUGGUGUAUUCUGUCGUCCUGCUGCUGGCGUCCGUGUUCCUGACAGUGACAAGUGUUCAUCUGAACCACUGGAAGCUGGAUCGCCGGCUGGGUGUGGGCCUGUUGUUCCUCUACGCCAUCUUCCUGCUCUGCUCCAUCCUCUUCGGGCAGAUGUGAGGCCUUGAAGGGUCAAAGGUCGAGCCCUGUCAGACAAACACACCGAGGAACCUACCUGGCUACGACACGUUCUCUUUCCCAAAGCCAAAUCAAAAGAGUGACAGCGUCGACGUGUUCCUAGUGAGAGAGUGUGUGCACCUCCGUAAGAUUUGUCAGAGUAACACAUACAACUACACACACACACACACACACACACACACUGAAGUCUUUUAUCAAUAGCACAGUUGUUUUGUCUUUUUCCUCCUUUUCGUGCAGUGCAGUGUUGGGAAGUCUUUAACGUGUCAGAUCAGGAAACUGACUGUUCUGGUCGUAGUUUGGUUGUUGCACAGUGUUGUGGCUGUGCACCGAUAUUUGCUGAUAUUUAUAAAUCCUAAGUGAGCAAAAAUGUCAAUUCUGUAACAAUGUGACUUUAUAUUUCACAUAAUUUUAAUACACAUACAUUUAUUAAUUCCAAAGAAUCCUGUUAAAAUUAGCUACAAAUCGAAACUGCUCGUUCUUGAUAAUGAAUUAUGUGCUAUCAGUAUUUUCAUUAACACCCUUUGAGGCAUUGACAGACUUAUUAUUGAUUAUCACAUUCAUCGUUAAUGUCCCAUGCAUUGUGAAGCUCUUAACGACACAAAGGUCCGGUUCUGGUCAGGGACCGUCCUUGCAGCUCUUCUCCUCCGUCUGCUGUUCAACUUUAUUUAUUUCUAUUUUUAAUGUUUGUGUUCUGAACGCUGCUACGGCCGAGCAACUCAUCUACGGAUUAUUAAAAAGUUGAUUAACAACACAGUGAAAGUUCAUUUUAACAGAGAGUUAUUUUAUCAUCUCCGCCAAGGAGGGUUGUGUUUUUCAGCCCUGUCCGUGUGUUUGUUUGUGAGCAGGAUUAGACACGAAAAUUACAAAAAGGAUUUCUACGAAUCCUUGUCUGAGGAUGGGAUUCGGGUCAGGAAAGAACCCAUUCAAUUUAGGUGCAAAUACAGGAUAAUUUUUUUUUUUUUACUCUUAACAUUGUGAGAUAGGAAAUCUUUUUCAUUGAUUUCCCAGGAAAUAAUUUGUGGAUUUUGAUGAAAACCAUCAGGCACAUUUGGGGAACUAAUAUCAUAAAGUGUUUAAAAUUUGGUGUGGCCUCUAGUUUUCCUGAAUCUCAUUCUGCAAUAGUAAAGGGUUAGGUAAUGAUUUACUCCUGAAGUUCUAAAUGAGACUAGCCAAUACAAAGCCCCACUACAGGCGACAACCCAGAACUAAAUAAGUUGGGAACCAUAAUGUGACAGGAUUCAUCAGGCGGCUUAGGUGACUUUUAUUUAACUCAAUAAACAUCUUUAGAUGUAAAAAAAAAAGGUGAUACUAAAACUACUUUGUUAAAUACUUUGUCAACCAUCAGAUUAUCAACUUUACUGUCGUCCUUAGGUUUGAAUAUGUAUUGAAUGUAAACCCUCGC